AUGGGCGCGUUCCGCGGGUUCGUUCAUGGGUUGGUAGGAUCCGCGCGUGAGCUGCUGCGGGAGGUAUUAUAUAUAACCCCAACCGCCACCACCACCAGCACCACCAGCACCACCACCAGCAACACCAGUAAUAGCAACACCACCACCGAUUUCCCACCCAUCCCAUGGUCCGGAUUGUACGACGACCCCACGCAGGGCCAGAAGGGGUGGUGUUUUUUGCAGGAUACGCGCACGCGGUGGCUAGUAGAUGGGAAACAGUGGUUGAUCCAGCAGCUGCGCAGCGAGCCCGCCAUGCAGCGCCAGUUCAUGCGCUGCGGCCAGAUACAGGCCCAGCUAGUAGCGCAGUAUUUAGCCCGCGUGGCCCGGUUCAAGGAGAAGCUAGCGGUGGCCAUCCACAUCACAGGUAGCCAGCCCGCGCGGGCGCCCGAGCUAUUGAGCAUCCAGCAUGUUAACACGCAGGCUAGCCGCCACCGCAAUAUAUUCAUCGAGGAUGGGCUGGUGACGGCGGUGACGGCGUACCACAAGGGGUUCCACGCGAGCAAUGACAUCAAGCUGAUCCACCGGUACAUGCCGCGGGCGGUGGGGGAGUUGAUCGUGUGGUACAUGUGGUUGGUGUUGCCGUUCACAGAGCAGUUGACCGCGUGGCAGGCAGCGCAGCAGCAGCAGCCGCAGCAGCAGCCGCCAGCGGCGCAGCCAGUAGCCCAGCCACCGGCAGGCAGGGCAUUAGGGUUAGGGUUUGAUAGGGGUAGGGAGGAUGCCCAAGCUCGCGCGCCCAGGGUAGGGUUAGCCCGCCCAUCCAGCCAACCCGCAGGCGCCGCCGCCGCCGCCGCAGCAUCAGGGUUAGGGUUAGGGUUAGCCAGCCCGUAUUUAUAG